UGGAGGAGGAUCAGGGCCAGCCGGAGGAGCACAGCAUGUCCUCGCUGGACCUCCAGGACGAGUUUCAGCCGGUGGUCAAGCUGGAGGAGGAAGAGAUCUAUGUGCAGAUUAAAGAGGAGGAAAUCCCCCACGGAGAUCAGCGGCGCAGACCCCGGAGACGCCAUGGCGAAGCACCUGGAGGGUCAGUUUGGGGAGGAGCAGACUGCGUCGCAGCUUAUGAAUGAGGGAUUCCCCAUGCACAUGCUGCAGAGGAAGGGGAUCCAAGGGAAAAGCUCCCGUUGGGACAUCAGCCUGGAGCAGCUGAUUAGCAUGGUCCACGAGCGCCCAGAGUUAUGGGACACCGAGUGCCCGCGCUACUCCGACCGCUACCGGAAGAAGAAAGUCUGGGACGAGGUGUGUGCGCUGCUGACCCCCGACUGGGCCAUCCUCAGCGAACGGCAGAAAAAACAAAGAGCGAAAGACAUACAGACUCGGUGGCGCUCCGCGAGAGAUCGGUAUCGGAGGGACCUAAACGACAGCCAGGGGAAGGGCUUUACCAGCAACCAGAAGAAGAAGCCGUACGUCUUCUUCAAAGACCUCAGCUUCCUGAAGAGGAGCAUGGAAAUGCGGGAGUAUACAUGUGUUCUCUUCAACAGAAAAGGCAAGAACGCCAACAACACGGAGGAUGAUGAAGACUAUUCUGAACCACAAAGAACCAUCGGCGAGGACGACACCCUAGAUCCGCCAGAGAUUAACGAAACUGAGGAGCCAGCGCCGCCCCCAGUUGUCCAGAUCUCCCCAAUCCUGCCACCUUCUGUCACCCCCACCUACCAAGUUUCUGUAGAGCCGCCAGCACCAGCUCCGAAGGCCUCCAAAGCCUCCAAGAAGCACAAAAUCGCCAAGAGCCCACCGGAUGACUUUGAGUCCAAGAUCAUAGACAUGAUGGCCAGCAUGCAGGACAAGCAGAAGAGGUUCCACGAGGAGCAGAGGAAGAUGCUUGGUGAAGGCCCUCCAGAGAUUGACCUCUUCCAGAAUAUGAAUGACGAUGACGUCACCUUUCUGAGAAGCCUACUGCCGUACUUCAAAAGGGCUCCGGAGAGCAAGAAGCUGGACCUGCGCAUUGGCGUCUUGAACAUAGUCUCCCAGUUCGUAGACGGCUCUAUCUAUGAGAACUCACCGCCGCCAUCUUCUGUGGAGACACAAUACUCCGACCAUUCCAUUUCUGGCGCUUUUUUGCCAUCCCAGCCCACCCCGCCGGCUCGGUACAACAGGGCUUCCUAUGGCAACCUGCCCCCCACUUCUUCCUCAUACAGCCACGUCUCCUCCACCUCCACAUCUUACCAAACCUCUCAUCCCGGGCAACACGGAGAGACAGCCUACACGUACUCCACCUCACCACCAUCGCCACGCCCUUACAUGCAGGAACUGUGA